CGUUUCUCCAUCUUCCCUUCUUUUUAAAAAUCUGACCGUUGUUCCUGUAAGUGGCUUACAGGGAAGUGACUUCUCACCCCCAUCGCCCUGCAGUUUUUGGGUAGAUUUGCCUUUAUGGAAGAGAAGCCACGGCUGCUGAUACUGUACGCUUCGCAGACCGGAAAUGCUUUGGAUGCAGCAGAACGUGUUGGGCGUGAGGCGGAGCGCCGGGGCUGUCAUGCCUCGGUCCUCUCCAUGGAUGAAUUCGAUUCUAGUCGUUUACCAUAUGAGGACACUAUAAUUUUUGUUGUGUCAACCACGGGCCAAGGUGAUACACCGGAGACCAUGAAGGUAUUUUGGAGGUUUCUUUUGCAACGAAAUCUCAGUCGCCAGUGGUUGGAGGGAGUUCACUAUGCAGUGUUUGGUCUUGGUGAUUCUGGGUACCAAAAAUAUAAUUUUGCUGCGAAGAAGCUGGAUAAAAGGCUUGUAGAUCUUGGAGCAAGUCCUAUAAUUGAAAGAGGUCUAGGAGAUGAUCAACACCCUUCAGGGUAUGAAGGUGCACUGGAUCCUUGGUUGUCUUCUUUAUGGAAUAUGUUGAGACAAACAAAUCCCGUCUUCUCUAGAGGUCUACAGAUUAAUGAUCUUAAUGUGAGAACUUUGGAUUGUCCCAAAUAUCAAAUUACUUGUCACACUGUCGAUGAGAUGCAAGCAAUGGUUUCAAAUACCUCAGAUUUGAAGUGCAUUGAGAUGCAGAUCGGGAGAGCUCGCUCGAUGUCUCCUGGAGUACUUAGUCGUGAUGACAAUAGACCUCAAUGCUUUUUACAAAUGACAAAAAAUCAGCUUUUAACCAAAGCGGGCUGUGGCAGAGAUGUGCGCCAUUUCGAAUUUGAACCUCUUUUAUCACAUGUUGAAUAUCAAGUUGGUGAUGUUCUUGAGGUUCUCCCUAGUCAAGAUCCUACUUCAGUGGAUGCUUUCAUUCAACGCUGCAAUCUGAAUCCUGACACGUACAUAAGAGUUCAACCGAGAAGUGUUGAGGAACAUCUUCCUGAUACUCCUAAUGUGUUGAGAGAUCCUGUCAAACUAAGAACUUUUGUGGAAUUGACAAUGGAUAUUGCAUCAGCUUCUCCUCGACGCUAUUUCUUUGAGGUCAUGAGCUUUUUUGCAAAUGCAGAACAUGAAAAAGACAGGCUUGAAUAUUUCGCCUCACCGGAAGGCAGAGACGAUCUUUACCAAUACAAUCAGAAGGAACGGAGAAGUGUUCUGGAGGUACUAGAGGAUUUCCCAUCUGUGCAAAUGCCAUUUGAAUGGCUGGUGCAGCUUGUUCCUCCAUUGAAAAAAAGGGCCUUUUCCAUAUCUUCUUCCCCUUCAGCUCAUCCCAAUCAAGUGCACCUAACGGUGAGCGUAGUUUCAUGGAUGUCUCCUUUCAAGCGCAAGCGAUGUGGCCUCUGCUCAACAUGGUUAGCUGGACUUGAUCCUAACAAAAGAGUCCCUAUUCUUGCAUGGUUCCAUCGAGAUUCCCCUCCUCCCCCGCCACCAACACUCCCUCUCAUUCUUAUUGGGCCUGGAACAGGCUGUGCACCUUUCCCGGCAUUCGUGGAAGAAAGGGUAGUACAAAGCGCAUCUGGGCCAAUAGCUCCCGUUCUUUUCUUCUUUGGAUGCAGAAAUGAGGAGAACGAUUUCCUGUAUAGGGAUUUUUGGCUAUCUCAUACGCAUAUCUCUGGUAUACUGUCGGAAGAAAAUGGCGGAGGUUUCUUCGUUGCGUUCUCGAGAGACCAGCCACAGAAGGUCUAUGUGCAGCAUAAGAUGCGGGAGCAAAGUGAAAGAAUUUGGAGCUUCUUGAGUGCGGGAGCUGCUGUAUACAUAGCAGGGUCUUCAACAAAAAUGCCGGCAGAUGUUUCGUCGUGUUUGGAGGAAAUUAUUUCGAAAGAGAGCGGCCUUCCAAAGGAAUCGGCUGCUCGGUGGCUCAGGAUGUUAGAAAAGGAGGGUAGGUACAAUGUGGAAACUUGGUCAUGAACUUCAUGGGUUUUGCAGACUGUGGCUCAGGAGGCUGCAUUUGGUCGCACAGGUGAAUUGAAUUGCAGAUGCCUAAUUUAAUCAAUAGUAUGUAAGUUAAAUGUUUUCUUGUAACGAUAAUCAUGAAGUAGCGUUUGAAUUGCAGUUAACUUUCUUUCGACUUGA